UCUCUCUCUGCAGGACUCCUGUCGCUGCUCCUCUUCCUCCUGCAGGACUCUCCUCCUUCUCCUCUUCCUCUCUAAGCGAGGGACGAUGUCCCCUCCGUCCAUCAUGUCUCCGCUCUUCGUUGACGCGUCCAGGACCCGGUCUGUAUCGAGCUGAGCAUCUUGGUUAAUAAUUCAUCCGUCCCUCAUCGCCGUCCUUAUGUAAGAACCGACCUGAAGACGGACAGAAGGACAGGAGGAGGGACAGGAGGAGACACUCUGUGGGACAAGCUGAGACACACGGAGACACAGGGAGGGAUGUUUGUGUCGGUUUGGUACGCCAAGAAGAUGGGAAGAAGAUUCAUCAACAACGUGAGGAGAGCAAAGAGACACAGGCAGAGGAUGAUGAUGAACGGAUCAGAAGGAGAACUGGAGUAUGAAGAGAUCACUCUGGAGAGGGGGAACUCUGGACUGGGCUUCAGCAUCGCGGGCGGAACCGACAACCCGCACAUCGGAGACGACCCGUCCAUCUUCAUCACCAAGAUCAUCGCAGGAGGAGCCGCCGCCCAGGACGGACGCCUCAGGGUGAACGACAGCAUCGUGUUCGUGAACGACGUGGACGUCCGGGAAGUCUCUCACUCAUUGGCUGUGGAGGCGCUGAAGGAGGCGGGGCCUGUGGUCCGACUCUACGUGCUGCGGCGCCGACCGCCCAGCGAACGGAUCGCUCAGGUCAAGCUGCUGAAGGGACCCAAAGGUCUGGGCUUCAGCAUCGCGGGCGGUGUGGGGAACCAGCACGUUCCCGGAGACAACAGCAUCUACGUCACUAAGAUCAUUGAUGGCGGCGCGGCGCAUCGGGACGGCCGGCUGCAGAUCGGGGAUAAGAUCCUGGCUGUGAACCACAUGUCUCUGGAGGACGUCCUGCAUGAAGACGCCGUGGCGGCGCUGAAGAACACCGGGGAGGUGGUGUACCUGAAGGUGGCCACGCCCACCGCCCCGUUCGGCCAGCAGGGGGAGCGCUACAGCCCGCCGGACCUCACCAGCGCCUACAUGGAUCCAGACUACCUCUGUGAUUACCCAGCAGCCCUGGCGCCGCCGUCGCCCCGGCGAUACUCACCUCUGCCCCGCGGCAUCAUGGGAGACGAGGAGUACUCCAGGGAGCCGCGGCGUGUUGGCAUCCAGCGGGGGGCCACGGGGCUGGGCUUCAACAUCGUGGGGGGGGAAGAUGGAGAAGGAAUCUUCAUCUCCUUCAUCCUGGCGGGAGGACCGGCGGACCUGAGCGGGGAGCUGAGGAAGGGAGACCAGAUCCUGAGUGUGAACGGGGUGGACCUGCGGUUCGCCACACAUGAACAGGCAGCAGCAGCUCUGAAGAACGCCGGCCAGACGGUGACCAUCGUAGCUCAGUACAGACCAGAGGAAUACAGCCGCUUUGAGGCCAAGAUCCACGACCUGAGAGAGCAGAUGAUGAACAGCUCAUCAGGCAGCCUGAGAGCCAACCGCACCUUCUACGUCAGAGCCCUGUUUGACUACGAUAAGCAGUGGGACUGUGGCGUUCUGUCUCAGGCUCUGGACUUUAACUUCGGGGAGGUUCUCCAUGUGAUGGACAGCGCAGACGAGGAGUGGUGGCAGGCCAGACGACUCAACCAGCAGGGGGAGCUAGAGGAGCUGGGAUACAUCCCCUCCAAGCACAGGGUGGAGAGGAAGGAAUGGUCCCGCAUGAAGAGUAAAGGUCGAGACGGUUUCAUCCACAGCUAUGAACUCGUCACUCAGAUUGAAGUGGACUACGCCCGUCCCGUCAUCAUCCUGGGUCCGACCAAAGACCGGGUCAACGACGACCUGCUGUCUGAAUAUCCGGACAAGUUCGGCUCCUGCGUUCCCCACACCACCCGUCCCCGCAGGGACUACGAGAUGGACGGGCGGGACUACCACUUUGUGUCGUCACGGGAACAGAUGGAGCGGGACAUCCAGUCCCACCGCUUCAUCGAGGCGGGGCAGUACAACAACCACCUGUACGGGACGUCGGUGCAGAGCGUCAGGCAGGUGGCCGAGCAGGGGAAGCACUGCAUCCUGGAUGUUUCAGCCAACGCUGUGAGGCGUCUGCAGGCCGCUCACCUUCAUCCCAUCGCCAUCUUCAUCCGCCCACGCUCCCUGGAGAACAUCCUGGACCUGAACAAGCGUCUCUCGGAGGAUCAGGCCAGGAAAGCUCUGGACCGAGCCGUCAAGCUGGAGCAGGACUUCCUGGAGUGUUUCACAGCCGUUGCCCAGGGCGACAGCUUCGAUGAGGUGUACCUCCAGGUGAAGCUGGUCAUCGAGGAGCAGAGCGGACCGUACAUCUGGGUUCCUGCCAGAGACAGGCUCUGAUUGGCUGAGCUUUGUCUCCAUGGCAACCACCAUCACCUCCUCCAGCUGCUGUGGGCGGAGCCACAAGACAUGGAGAGGACCAGAGACUGCUGUAACCAUGGCGACCACUUCCUGUCCAGAGAGACGAAUAAUCCUGAGAUAAUGAAUCAGAGACUGUAGAACCAGAUCCAAGUAUUUAUAGAAACAUAUUUAUUUAUUAUUUAUUUAUUAAGACUUUCUGUGACGUGGAAGUGGGGUGUGUGUGUGUGUGUGUGUG